GGUCAAAGCCUAAAAUUUAGGGGCUGAAUGAUUUUCUCUCAUUUUAAAUACCAUUUCAAUCAUUUUUUUUUAAAAAAAUUAACUUGCCGUUAUCUUUAAAUUCCCUAAUUUAUAGGCUAGCAAUGUAAGUAACGGUACAAUUCUUUUAAAAUUUAUUAAUGUUAUUUAGUUUUUUUUUUCAAACCUUUUAUAUGACUAUAUAUAAAUAUCUAAUUUAAGCUUUUCAUCAAAAUUAAAAAUUAAAAUUGUUUCAGAGAAUUGAGAGGAAAGGCAUUACAUAUAUUUUGCUCUAAUCUAUAUUUUUAGUUUUCUUUUCUUUGAUAGAAAAUAUAAAAUAAAAAAAUUAGAGAAUAAUAUCAUUCAUUGAAAUUUCUUGAGGCAAAUUUAUCAACGAUUAAUAGAAGGUAUGUGUUUAAUAUUUACUCUUUGCUCAUUUUAUCUACGUUGUUUAUUAUUUUUAAAUCUGUAUUUUUGUUAUAUUUAAUCUACUAGCCAUCAUCAAUAAUAUUCAUAUAUUAGUAGUUAGCUAGUUUCUUCUUCCUUGUUUUUUUACCUUUUAUUUUUUAAAAAAACUAAAUGUACCUAUUUAUAUAAUGCUGAAACUAAUGGAAAAAAAGAAGUAUGUACUCUGUAUAUGAUGUAAAUUCACCCUUGUUUAAUACCGCCAAUCAAUCAUAUUUUUGUCAACUUUUUUUUUUAAUUGAGAUUAAUUGUUAAUUGUUAUUUAGUUAAUUACUGUUUAUUAAUAAAUUUACUUAUUGCAGAAAUAUUAUUGCAUAAAUCAGAAAUUAAUUUCAAAUGGGCAUUGGGCAAUUGGCGACUUUGAAUUUUCUCAAUUUGACGUUUUAACUUUGAAGACGGAAUAGCAGCAAACAUCAGGUUCUUUCAUCCCUUUUUGAACUUCCAAAUAAUAAUUAUUACUGUCUUAAUUGUUCUUUGAAAUAUUAUAUUAGUUGUUGUUGUUUUUUUUUUUUACUAUGUCUCUUAAAAUUAAAAAAUAUGAGUCUGGGUAUGAAAAACGUAAGAAAAAGAAAAAAAUUGAGGAGUUAACUCAAUCUCAAAGAGGAGCUCUUGACAAAUUUAUUAUAAAAGAACCACAAGUUUUUUUUGAAAAUCAUAAUCAUAAUGUUGUUGAUGUUGAAAUUUCUGAAAAUAUGCUGCCUAUUAUUGAGAAUCAUAGUGAAAAUGAUGAUGUGGAAAAUAGAGGUGACAUGCCUAUUGAAAAUGAUAAUGUGAAAAAUACAGGUGAUGUGCCUAUUGAAAAUGAUAAUAUAGAAAAUCAAAAUUUUGAUUCUGAAAAUUGCAAUGAUGAUCAUUUGAAUAAUUCACUCGAAAAUAAAAUUUUAGAGGAUAAUAAUAAUGACAAUGCGGAGCAAACAAACUCAUUUAAAAAUUUACUUGAUAUAUUUGAUCCAAGAAAUUGGGAUGCUCUUGAUCCAAAAAUGAUUGAUUUAUUAGUGAUGAAGGGUCCAAAAAGAGAUUGUUCUAUUAUGACUGGCCCUAAGGGUAAAUUUUCUAGACGAUUCACUGCUAAUUUGUAUACUAGAGUUUUAUCAAAUGGAGAGAAGUGUGAUAGAGAUUGGCUUGUUUAUUCAAAAGAGUUAGAUAGAGUAUUUUGUUUUUGUUGCAAAGUUUUUAAAGCAGGGAUUGUUAGAGGACAAUUAAUAAAUGAAGGCUUUAGUGAUUGGGUACAUAUUGGUGAAAGACUUAGAGAGCAUGAGAUAAGCAUGGAACAUGUUAAAAAUAUGACCACUUGGUAUGAAUUGCGUCUAAGACUCCAAAAGAAUCAAACAAUUGAUAAAGCGACUCAAAGACUAAUUGAAAAAGAAAAAGAUCACUGGAAAAAAGUUUUACAAAGAAUUAUUUUAAUAGUUAAAUUUCUUGCUAAACAUAAUUUGGCCUUUCGUGGAUCUAAUGAGAAAUUGUAUCAAAAUGGUAAUGGUAAUUUUCUAGGCUUAAUUGAAAUGUUGGCAGAGUUUGAUCCUGUUAUCCAAGAACAUGUUAAACGCAUUACAAAUGACGAUAUUCACAUUCAUUAUCUAGGACAUAACAUCCAAAACGAAUUAAUACUUUUGCUUGGCUCUGCAAUCAAAACUGAAAUCAUUAAAAAAGUUAAACAAGCAAAAUAUUUUUCUGUGAUACUUGAUUGUACUCCUGAUGUUAGUCAUCAAGAGCAAAUGUCCUUGAUAUUGAGAUAUGUGGAUGUUUCUUCACAUUCUGUUAGCAUUGAAGAAUCUUUUUUAGGAUUUUUAAAUGUGAAUGAUACAACUGGUCAAGGACUUUUUGAUGUGCUACAAAAUGAGCUAAAAAAACUUGAUCUUGACAUAUUUGAUGUGCGAGGGCAAGGUUAUGAUAAUGGAUCAAAUAUGAAAGGAAAACAUCAAGGUGUUCAAAAGAAAUUUUUAGACAUAAAUCCAAGAGCCUUUUAUACUCCUUGUGGUUGUCAUAGUCUUAAUUUGAUUUUGUGUGAUAUGGCUGAAUCAUGUAGUAAAGCUAGAGAUUUUUUUGGAGUUAUUCAACGCAUUUAUACGAUUUUUGCCAAUUCUACUAAGAGAUGGCAAAUUUUGAAAGAUAAUGUGAAAGGAUUGACUCCGAAACCAUUGUCAUCCACUCGUUGGGAGAGUCGUGUAGAUAGUGUUAAGGCUAUAAGAUCUCAAAUGUUAGAUUUUAGAGAAGCUUUACUUGAAGUGUCAGAAAAUGAUGGACUUGAUUCUAAAAUCAGAAGUGAAGCAAAAUCCUUAGCAACAAAUGAACUUGGUGAUUUUGAGUUUGUAAUAGCAAUUAUUAUUUGGUUUGAAAUCUUAUCUUCAAUUAAUUUGGUUAGCAAGCUUUUACAAUCAAAGGAUAUGCUUAUUGAUGUUGCUAUGGAUAAAAUAAAGGAGUUAAUUUCUUUUUUUGAGCGAUAUAGAGAAACAGGUUUUUAUAAUGCCUUGAAUAGUGCUAAGGAAAUUGCUAUUGAAAUGAAUAUCGAUCCAGUUUUUCCUCAAAGGCGCAUAAUUCGAAGAAAAAAGCAAUUUGAUGAAAAUUUGAAUACCCCAUUUGUUGAGUUAUCUGGAGAGGAAUCUUUUAGAAUUAAUUAUUUUCUUUACCUUAUUGACCAAGCCAUUGUUUCUCUUACUAAGAGAUUUGAACAAUAUCAAGAUUAUGAAAAUAUUUUUGGUUUCUUAUUUACUUCUGACAAGUUACAAUCGUUAGACAAUGCAAAUUUGAAGUCUUGUUGUAGUCAUUUUGAAAAGGCAUUGAAACAUAAUGAACAAUCUGAUAUUGAUGGGAAUGAAUUAUGUGUGGAGUUGAAAUUAUUAAGACAAAUCUUGCCAAGAGAAAAAAUGAGAGCUAUUGACAUAUUAAAUUUUUUGAAAGGCAUAGAUUGUUUUCCGAAUACAAUUAUUGCAUAUAGAAUUUUGUUGACUAUUCCUGUGACAGUUGCUUCUGCAGAAAGAAGUUUUUCAAAGUUAAAGUUGUUAAAGUCCUACUUGCGGUCUACCAUGUUACAAGAAAGGCUUAAUGGAUUAGCAUUAAUAGCGAUUGAAAAUGAUGUUUUGGAGACGGUAAAAUUUGAAGAGUUGGUUGAUGAAUUUGCUUCAAAGAGUGUUCGAAGGAUGGCCCUUUUUAAGUAGAAGGUUGAUAUCAGCUUGAAGUUGUAUUAAAAAUAAUAACAAUUUUAAUAAAAAUAUUUGAGUUUAUUUGUGCUUAAUUUUGUAAAAUAUAUUAUCUUACUAUAAUAAUAUUUAAAAAUAUUAUUUACAAAUUAUAAUUUUUUUUUUUUUAUAAGGGGCCUAAUUUUUAUAAUUAAAACAGGGCCCCCACAAUGUUUAAGACGGCCCUGUUCAUUACGAACAUCUGUGUAACCGUACCUCGCAACGCAUCGAAACACGAAGAGAUUCUUGGGCUCUAUUCUUCGAAACAAGAAUCGUUCUUCCUGUGGAACCUUACUAAUUGGUAAUGAU